AUGUCUGAUGAGGAACACAAAUCAGAAUUACUCGACGUGUUUAAUGACAUCAAGAAUAAAAUUAAUGAACUACCCUUACACCCGAAAAAUAAAAUUCUACUAUACAGUCGUUACUUGCUGUCAAAGAUAUCCUGGGACUUCACUGUUUCUGAUAUAUCUAAGACCUGGAUCUGCGAAACGUUAGACAAUAUUGCGACAAAAUAUAUACGAAAAUGGCUGGAACUUCCUGUCUCUGCAACCCUUAGCAACGUGUUGCUUCCACAAAAUAAAUUUGGUCUGAAUAUUAUUCUCCCUUCGACAAAAUUUAUCCAAUGUCAAACUGUCUCUCGAUCAGCUCUAAAAUACUCACCAAACGUAGAUAUUAACAAUCUAUGGGCGGUGACGAGCACCAACAAGAACGUACAUUAUGACAUUUACAAAGACACAAAAGACGUACUUAAGGCAGUUAGAAAAGAAAACGAACAAAGACUUCAAAACCACCUCAUUUCGCAAGGUUCUUUCUUUUCCAGUAUCAUGAAUCAUUCCACAUCCACAUCCAACUCUUUAUGAUCAUCCGUUCAGAGCAAACUUCCGAAAAACAUUUUUAACUUCACCAUCCGAUAUAUCAAUAACACACUUCCAACACGAAAGAACCUAUCAAAAUGGGGACUAUCAUCAACAUCCGAUUGCUCUUUCUGCUCCUCACCUGAAACGCUGCUCCAUGUGAUUGCUGGAUGUAAGACAUAUUUAGAAGAAGGCCGGUUUACAUGGCGACACGAUUCUGUUUUAAAUUUCCUCCCAUCCACUCUUACUGCUGUGAAAAAUUCCACACUUUACGCGGACAUUCAUGGUUUUAUGAAUCCAUCUGUUAUAACGGGAGAUCGUUUACGACCUGACCUUGUGCUGGUGACUGAAAACAGAUGUCUAUACAUCCUCGAGCUUACAGUCGGUUAUGAAUCCAAUCUGCAAGUUAACGCCAAUCGCAAGCGUCAAAAGUACCGUGAUCUAAUCAAUGAGCAGGAAGCAGAUUAUGAUAAAGUCAAGUUCGUCAAUUUAUCCUUGAGUACCCUCGGAGUUUUUGGCCGUUCUUCUGAAAAUUUCGAAGGCACGCUAAGUAGCCUUAAAUGUGAUGCAAAGUAUAGUAAAUACAUAAAAAAGAAUAUCGUGAACAUAUGCAUACGAACAUGAUAUUAUAUCUUUUGUAAACGAAACAAGGUGUGGGAUAACCCAAAAUUAAUGUUAAUAUAAUCCUUCUUAAAAUAAUUAUUGUACAAUAAAUAUAUAGUAUCAAUUCAAGUAGACAUUGAUAAACUACCUGUAAAGCGAAGUUUAUCAUUGUAGUUGUAUAUAUCUUAAUAAUCAAUAAAUAAAGUUUCCAUUAUUAUUAUUAUUAUUAUUACCAUACUGUAGAGCAAUAAUAAAGUUUUCUCAUUACUAAAGCAUUGAUAAUUAAGCGAAGACUAUAUCCUUUACUCUGUUUAUUUAACACAGCUUGGCCAUAUAAAAUAAUACAACAUUUUUGAUGUGGUAAUCGUAUGUCAGAUAACUUUCUAGGGUUAAUCCCAGGUCUUUGGCGUUUGUGGUUGGUGUAAUCUCUUCACCAAGAAAUGUAAUUUUCGUCUCCUGAAGGAGCUUACCAACCAUGCAGUUGACGAAUUCCUAUCAAGAAUAACUUUGUCUUUUCGGGGUUUAUCAACAGUUUAUUUUCGAAAACCAAGUUGGGACCCAUUUGAGGUCCUCGUCUAUCUUCGUUUUUGAACUGGAAAUAUCUUCAAUUGGAAAUGACAUAAAGAUCUUAGAACCGUCUAUGAUGUGUACUGAUCAUGUUUGAAAUUUGAUACCUAUGAUUGAUAAUUUUGUUUAUACAAUUUUUUCCAGAUAUUAUUGAAUGUGCUGAGGAAACAAACACAUGCCAUGGCAAUGCUACAUGUAUUGAUACUGACGGUUCGUUUAAUUGUUCUUGUAAUUCUGGCUACACAGGGAACGGAUUCGAUUGCGAAGGUUAGUUUUCAAUUACUGCAUUAUUAACAUGAAAAGGCUGUUGUUAUUGUCGAUACUAUAUAUCAUAGCUCUGUCAAUAUUAAUCUAAAAAUAUAUAAAGAGAGGGUAAUUUCAGGCAUUGUCUCAGCGCUAGUACAUCUUCCAGCUUUUACAAAUAUGUUACACAAAUAUGUUGCUAAAUUGUUAAUUGAUAUGGUGCAUUAGUGCGUAAUUUAAUACAGAAUUUACUAUAAUAGAUUCGCAUUAAUAUUUUAUUCUUUGUUUCCUUGCCAGAAACCAACAUUUCGUAGGUUUUUUAAUGCGAAUUGAACGCGGCAAAUUCAAACAUUCAACGGAAUUUCAGACACAUGGCUCAAGGAAACGGUCAUAUAUUCACUACAUUCUUUAAUUCGUAAUUAAAGUGCUUAAAUAACAAGUCAAAAUGAAAAUAUUCUUACCUGUAAAAUCUGAAUAACAUUUUAUGAACUUCCCGAUGCCUUUUUUAUCGUUUGGGUUUGAAUUUUGAUAAAUAUACUGUAAGUAUGAACUGGAAUUCAGUCAGCACAGCUAUCCCGUGAACCUUCGCGCUUUGCACGUAAACAGGCACCAGGCGCCCAGACGAUGCGCGAACUAUCACUGCUUCAUUGCUGCUGCUUGUCUUAUCUGUCAUGUAAUUUCUGACAAAUAUUACAAAUAUUUACAAAUAUUUACAAUCAGUUACUGACUGUUAAUUUUAUCUAUUAUAAAUUGUCGGAAAAUCAUGAAAAUUCUCUGCAAUUAUUCAAUAAAACGUGAAAAAAAACUCAAACUUUAUAUUAGAAAGUAAAUUAGAAUGCAGCGUGGUAUCAGGGGCGACGGAAAGUGUCGGCUAGAUCUCGUUUCUUAAGGGGAACAAAUGUAGCAUUUUAAUAUAAAUGCAACACGAUAUUUUUCCCAAAUUUACCUUAACAAAUUAAUUAACAAAGAUAAACAUGAUAGAGGAGAAUUGUUAUGUUUAAUCACCCACGCAAUUAUUCCGAGUAGCGAAUUCUCUCCAGAAUAUGCAAAAAUACAUAUUCAGAUUAUUCUAAAGAUAAGUGUUAUUCAGUUAAAAUGAAUAUAUUAAGCCCGUAUAGAAUGAAUAUAUUAAGCCCUUAUAGACAUUUUACAUUUGUUACAUCUCGGUUAAAAGAAUAUUGAGGAAACAUUUUUACACUGCAAAAUCCUGAUUCUUAUUUUAAGAAAUUACUUAAUUUAAGUUUAUUAUUACGUAAAACAAGCAAAACCUUACUUGUCCGUAUAGUGAGAAAGUUUUUACUUACCAAGAAUCGAUUGAAAUUCUUAGCAAGAGUAUUUUUCUUAACAAGUAACCAAGUGCUUGAAAUUAGAAUUUUAAUUUUUAUUUCAAGAAAAUAAUUACUAGUUUAAAAAAUUCUUACUUAAGUCUAGAAAGAAAAUACUUGUCCGUAUAGUGAGAAAGUUUUUACUUACCAAUAAUUGAAUAAUAUUCUUAGUUAGCCUACUAAGAAAUAGUUUUCUUAACAAGUAAUCAAGUGCUUGAAACGAGGAUGUCAAUGUAGAUGGUUAUCCACUUUUAACAUAAAAUAUCUUUUAAGAAUCAUACAAAACAAAAAUUGUGUAUUGUGGAUACAAAAUUCCGUGCUCUAUUCAAGGAAAUAAGAAAGAAAACUAAAACCAAUAAUAAAAUAUAAUGAUUAUUUACGAUACCUAAAACUGGGCAACAACGCAAUUAAACGUGCGGCAGGAUUUCUAACUAAUUCAUCAAAACGACAAUAAUCCACAUUUUACAAAGUCAAAUUACGGCUUAAUGAUCGAUGAACUUAAAAAUGUGCAGUAAUAUUUAAAUAAUAUGCGGAUAUUAGUAUCCGAAACAAUUGUUCGCAUAUCUUAAUCUGUGGUGUCAAUGUGUAUUUGCUUUAUUCCAAGUUUGCAUAAAAUCGAAGGUUCGUUUGUUAGACACGAUCAUCAGGUUCUAAUGUCGCGGUUUGGCGAUGAUAUUUUAGGCAAAAAUGACCCAAAAGUAUAUCAUUCGAAAGCUCUUUUCUUCUGUUUUUUGUUUGUUUACAUAUUGUAAUCCUUUUAGUAUGAUUACAUUUUGUAAUAAUCCUUUUUGUAAUCCUUUUAGUACUGCUUUUAGUCAUAUUUAGAAUAAUAAAUUUCGGGGAUCGAAAGGGGUAAUAAGGGACAUAGACGUAAGGGAUGUUUCGAGAUUCAAAUGUCCGCGAUUUCUAGCGAUGAUUAUUUUUGGCGAGUAACAAAUUACCACGUUAUUUCCUACCAACUAGAUAUGUACUUAUUGUAAGUAAACUCUUUUGCUUGGUAAGACAAAGUUCACUUGAUAUCUUAUUUCAAGGCAUUUCUUGCUUGAAACAAGAAUUUUUUUCUUGCUAAGAAUUUUGUAUUUUGCUGUGUAGUCUUUUUAACAAACUUGAUAUCGCCGAAAAAAUUUAUCCAUUUUGGAAAAAUGCAAAAAUUACAAAAGAUGUUAUAUAUGCAUUUCAAAACCAGAAUAGAAUGCCGUUCCGAGUUCCUGUAGUUACAUUUUAACAAAUUUUAAAAUUUCUUUCUUCAGGAAAAUUUAAGAACUAAUUUUUAUCAACCGUUAUUUCUUAUGUUGCAAUAAGAAUUUGAUUUCUUGUUUUAAGAAACUAUCUUUAGUCUUAAGAAAUCAUAUUUUCUAAGACAAUUAUUUGACAUGGAGAUAAAGAAAUCGUAAGAAAACAUAUUCUUAUUUUAAGUAAACAAAAUUUAAUCUAAGACUGGUGUUCAGAAAAUUUUUCUUAUUUCAAGUAAAAAUAUCUUGCAAACCAAAUAUUUUUUAUUUUAAGAAUUAUUUUUCUUAUUAAGAAAAUCAGUUUCUCAUUUUAAGAAAUAAUUUCUUAAAUUAAGAAUUAUUUUCUUAAUAAGAAAAUAAUUUUUUGAAAAUUGCAGUUGAAUCAUAAAGGGUUAUAAACAAUAUAAUUUUUAGUGGUGUGUUAUUGUCGAGAAUCACAGCCUUAACAUCUGAAGAGUAAAACGCUUAACGGUUAAGGAAUUUGUCCAGCACCACGAAAGCCGCGAGUUUGAUUCUUGGCUCAGCCAGUUUUUACAAAGUAACCAUGUGGAAAGUAUUUGUACUUCGAGUGACUUAUUACAUCUUCAAUUAAAUAGAAUUGAUAUAUAAUUAUUGAAUAUACAUCAAUUCUAUUUAAGACGAAUAUUGAAAUACUUUGAUGUUUCAGCUACAGUAUAUGUUAUGAUUCAACUGCAAUUUUGGAUACACAUUCAAUACUAUAUUCAAAUUGGAUUAUACUAUAAAACCUAUACUAAAGAUCUAUAUAUUUAGAAGUGCAUGUUACGCCUCUUCCCGCCCCCUCUUCAAGAAAAGUGGGAAUGUUGUCCAAAGUUUGGACAUUUAAGAUGAUAGCGAAUGCUAAAUGAAUCCUGAGAUCUAAAUAAUUAUGCGGAAAGAAACCGUAUUAUCGGAAGUAGUUUUCUAAAAGUAGAUAAAGUUCAUGCAAAGUUGAGCAGUUUAUAACCUUAUUUUUGAUAUUAAAGGUAGUCGAUUACCGGUAUAUAAAAUAUAUGCAAAUUACAUGAUAUUAACAGUAUAUGCAAAUUAACCUUGCGACAAGUUUAUUAGUUCUAUUUAAUUUUCUAUGAAGUUUCGUAGAUAAUGAUCAAUGUGCUCUUAAGAUGUUACUCUAUGUUUGUUUCAUCAAGUUCAACUACAAAUGGUCAAUUAUUCUUCAAAUGUAUACGUUAGUUCAAGCAUUUUGUGUCUUUCUAGAUGUUGAUGAAUGUGCUCUUGGUACUGAUAACUGUCACAAUAAUGGAACAUGCAAUAACACAAAUGGUUCAUUUGCAUGUACUUGCAAUGGCGGCUAUUCUGGAGAUGGUAUUACUUGUGAAGGUACAGUGGGUUAAGUACUUAGUACAGCAAUAAAUAUAAUGUGCAAGAACUGUUACACCCUUGUUUCUAACUUAACACAUAAUUUCGCAUCUUUUGUUCAAGCACAAAGUGAUUACUAUUAUGCCCUACAAAUCGCUGGCUAGAAAUUGUUGCGAGAUCAGUGGUAAUAAAAUAUCAAAAUCGUACAAAUGUUGACAGAGAUGAUUUUGAAAAUCACGUUUGUCUGGCUUUCAACAUGUACUGUAUAAGCCUGCUGCCCGUUUGUUUUUUUGAGUAUUUUUUGUGUUUUUCAUAUAACCCAAUGAACAAAGUAAAAAUGAAAAUUAAAAUGGUACUGAGAAUGACGGACGCUAAACAUUUUAAAUCAGUAGAAACAUUUGAAAAAUGGUUCUAUCAAUUAAAUCACAGAAACAAAUUAUUGUACAUAAAUAACGGCGGGUGUAAACGUCUCAGUAUUUUUUUUUUAUUUUCCAGAUAUUGAUGAAUGUUCUACAGGAAUUCAUAAUUGUCAUAAUAAUGCUCAAUGUACCAAUACAGUUGGCUCCUUCAAAUGUGAUUGCCAUUCAGGAUACCAAGGAAAUGGAACUGGUUGUGAAGGUAUGUUUCAAUUGGACGUAUACUAAGAUAAAAUCUAGGACUUUGUCUGAAAGUUGAACAGAACUUAAUUCAUAGCACAGUACUGAGUCUGAUUACAAUCUAACGAAAUACUGCAGUUAUCGAUAAUACGUUAUGUUCCUCAUUUACAGACAUCGAUGAAUGUAUCAACGAUAGAGAUGAUUGCUCACUAAACGCGAUUUGUAAUAAUCAAAACGGAACCUUCGAAUGUGUAUGUAAAGAUGGAUAUCAAGGGAAUGGAACACAAUGCGGUUAG